AUGGUUCUCUUAACACAAACCAACUUAUGCAGCACUACUCAUAAUGCUCGAUGUCAAGAUGAAAUCUCAAACUUUGAAGCUUUUUUCGUGGAUAUAUAUAAACCCACUAUUAACUAUUUAAAUUUGACCAACAACUAUGAGCAAACAACAUUGCAGUUACAUGUGUGUGUGGAGGAAAACUUCUCCAAAGCUAAUAAUGUUACCAAUUUUAAUGGCACCUGUGACUUUCAAACUACGCAACGUUCUCAGUGUCUAUAUAGUUCCUUAGGUUUUUGGCUUUUUGUGAUUUUUAUGUGUGCCGGUACAAUUGGUUUCAAUGUCACGAAUUCAAUAUCCGAUGCUAUAUGUUUCGAUAUGUUGGGCGAAACUGAAGAAGAUAAAUAUGGUGCCCAGCGUGUUUGGGGUACCAUAGGAUUUGGUCUUACCGCUUUAGUGUCCGGUAUUGUAGUCGACUAUUGGACUUUGGGUGAUGUCAAGAGUAUUUUACCCGCCUUAGUUAUUAUGUUAAUAUUUAGUGGUUUCGAUUUGUUAAGUGUUUCCAAAUUAAAAUUACCCAAAUUAUCCUCUUCUGAGUCUAUAUUCAAAGAUGUCUGGGAAUUGAUUCAACAUCCCGCCAUUACGAUAUUUCUGAUAUUUGCCACCAUAGCUGGUAUAAUAGAUUCUUUUAUUAUAUAUUUUAUGUUUUGGCAUCUGGAAGAUGUGGCUGCCGAAACUGGUUUUAUGCAUCAAAUUAAAUUGAUUGAGGGUUGUGUAGUGGCUGCAGAAUGUUUGGCUGGUGAAGUACCCUUCUUCUUUUACAGUGGUAAAAUCAUUAAGAAAUUGGGUUAUAUACACUGUAUGAGUUUAUGUUUCUUUUUCUAUGCCGUUCGUUUGGCUUUAAUAUCAUGGAUACCUAAUCCCUGGUAUCUAGUGGGGGUGGAACUAUUCUUUCAGGGUUGCACUUAUGCUCUCUGCUAUACUUGUAUAGUGGCUUAUGCCUCGGCAGUAGCACCUCCUGGCACUUCGGCCACUGUUCAAGGUCUAAUGGCUGGCAUGGAUGAUGGUUUAGGUUUUAGUAUUGGCUCUCUAAUUGGUGGUCUAACCUUUAAACGUUUCGGUGGUAGACGUAGUUUUAUGUAUUUCUCUAUAGUGGCCAUUUGUACUUGUGUUGCUCAUAUAGUUAUACGACCCUCUUCGAGAAAACGUCAAUAUUUACCUAAAUCUGGUUAUCAAUUACCCAACGAACAACAGCCUGCCGUAGCUUUAGAUUCGGUUAAAGAAGAUGUUAAAACGUAGUCUUUCACAUUAAGGACGUAUUUCUAUUGGUUGUAUCUUAAACUCUGACAAUGAUGGAAAAAUCAGCUAAAUAGUUAUGUAAGAACAAAUGUACAUAUAAUUUUUAUUGUUUUAUUGUUUUAUGGUUAAUACAAUUUUUAUGUAUUUAAUUAAAAGUGUUUGUACAUAGUACGUUUAUAUGUAUAUUGUAUAUAAAUAUGUAUG